UCUACAAAUAGUCCACCCCUCACCCUCCCAAAAUUCACCCUGAAAACCCCUAAUCUCCACCAUGUCUUCUCUGCUUUCUAAAGAACUCAAAGAAAAGGCCCAAAUCUUUCAUGGCGAUGAAAUUUGCCAGGCCAAGUCCCUAGAACUCCUCAGAGAAGUGGGCAUGCCCAAUUGCCUCCUACCUUUAGAGGAUGUGUUUGAAUGUGGGUACAUAGAGGAGACUGGUUUUGUGUGGCUUAAGCAGAAGAAGAGUAAGCAGCACCAUUUUGAUAAGGUUGGGAAGCUUGUUUCCUAUGCUCCUGAGGUGACUGCAUAUGUCGAGAAGUUUAAGAUGAAGAAGGUCACAGGGGUGAAGGUGAAGGAGUUGAUGUUGUGGAUUACGCUGAGUGAGAUUUAUGUGGAUGAUCCUCCCACCGGAAAGUUCACGUUUAAGACGCCGGCUGGUCUCUCCAGGAGCUUCCCGGUGUCGGCAUUCGAGGUCCCGGAGGAGAAGAAGGCGGAAAAGAUCGUUGGAGGCUCCCAAGAGAAGGAAGGAGUUGUGGAGAAGGCUUAGGUCUAUAUAUAUAUAUAUAUAUAUAUCCUCUCUCUGCUAUCUUCUUUACAUUGAUUUAAACGUUCAAGAUGCAACAAUGGGUAAAGAAGGGUAAGCGCAGGCCUAGAUUUGCUUUGGUAGAUCUCCAUUCUCUCUCUAUCUCGCCGUAUGACCGAAUCAAUUGUCCUCUCCUUCAUAUAUGAGCAUUAAUCAAAGGUCAGCAUGCAAUGGGUCCGGCUCCCAUAAUGUUUUUCAGGUCCAAAUAUAUGAGAUAUAUUUAAAUUUAGCUAAGUA